GAUUGGUUAUCUUCUCUUAUGAUACAAUACAUUAUUCAGAAAAAAACAAAAUUACAAUAAAAUUUCCCACUGUUUCUUUCUUCUCAUCUCAUUUCCCGGAAAAACACAAUCAAACGAGAAAAAAAGAAAAGAAAAGCAGGAGAAAAAUAAAUGUCCAGAUACGAGCGCGUGAGCAGCACGAGCGCCAGUAAGGCGGAUAAGGUAGAUCUAGAGUCAGGGGACACUCUGUACCGGGGACUCAGCUACGGUGAGAACCAGCUCCGAUGGGGCUUUAUCCGGAAGGUUUACGGCAUCCUUGCGGCACAGCUAGUGCUAACCACCGUGGUCUCCGCCUUUGUGGUGUUCUCGGCUCCGGUCAACGAGCUCCUCCGUGGGAACUCUGGCAUCUUGCUCUUCCUCUGUUUAGUCCCUUUCAUCUUGUUGUGGCCCUUGCACGUUUAUCACCAAAAACACCCCGUAAAUCUGAUCAUCCUCGGCCUCUUCACCGUGUCUCUGAGUCUCACAGUUGGUGUGAGCUGCGCCAACACUGACGGAAGAAUUGUGCUUGAAGCACUAAUUUUGACAGCAGGUGUGGUUGCAUCUCUUACUGGCUACACUUUCUGGGCAUCUAAGAAGGGCAAGGACUUCAGCUUUCUUGGGCCAAUUUUGUUCACCAGCCUUAUUAUUCUCAUAUUAACUGGUCUAAUCCAGAUGUUCUUCCCACUUGGCUCAACGUCGACUGCUGUCUAUGGCGGCAUUAGUGCCUUGAUUUUCUGUGGAUACAUAGUCUAUGACACCGACAACCUGAUCAAGCGCUUCACAUACGAUGAUUACAUAUUGGCCUCUGCCACUCUCUAUUUGGACAUCUUGAACUUGUUCAUUUCCAUUUUGCGGGUGCUGAGAUCAGGCGACAACUAGUUGUAUGAUAUUUCUCACCAAGGUCGGAUCAGUAAGAAAAUGGACAUAUGGUGUUUGAAUUAUCGACUGAAUGAAUAGGAAGAGUAUUAUUGUCUAUAUAGCUUGUUUUCUCGUGGGUUUUUUCUUUUUUACCAACACUAAGCUUGCUGCUUUGAUUUGCAGUUUCUGUAACUUGAUCAGUUGUGGUAUCCGGUAUACGGAUUCAUUGUCAUAUUCGGAUGCAUAAUUGGACUUAUCCCAAAUUGCUUCUUCUUCUUUAUUUUAUUUUAUUUUAUUUUAAAUAAGUAAAUUUUGCUUA